CAACUAUCCGUUAGAUGUCGCGACUAAUCCGGUGGUCGGUCAUAUUAGUGAUGGUCAGCUGACGGUCGUAUACCACAAGAAUGGCAGCCGGCCCGAUUGCUGAACGUAAUCAAGAUGCUACUAUUUACGUUGGUGGUUUGGACGACAAAGUCACCGAAUCUCUUAUGUGGGAGUUAUUUGUUCAAUCUGGACCCGUUGUUAAUGUACAUAUGCCAAAAGAUCGAGUGACUCAAAUGCAUCAAGGAUAUGGAUUUGUUGAAUUUAUGGGCGAAGAAGAUGCUGAUUAUGCGAUAAAAAUUAUGAAUAUGAUAAAAUUAUAUGGUAAACCGAUUAGAGUUAAUAAAGCUAGUGCUCAUCAAAAGAAUUUGGAUGUUGGUGCCAAUAUUUUCAUUGGAAAUCUUGAUCCAGAAGUAGAUGAAAAACUUUUAUAUGAUACAUUUAGUGCUUUUGGAGUGAUUCUUCAAACACCUAAGAUAAUGCGUGAUCCUGAAACUGGUAAUUCUAAAGGAUUUGCUUUCAUAAAUUUUGCUUCCUUCGAUGCAUCUGAUGCAAGUAUAGAAGCUAUGAAUGGCCAAUACCUUUGCAAUCGUCCAAUUUCCGUUUCAUACGCAUUUAAACGUGAUGCUAAAGGUGAAAGACACGGUAGCGCUGCAGAGCGACUUCUUGCUGCACAAAAUCCUUUAAGUCAAGCUGACAGACCACAUCAACUGUUUGCUGAUGCUCCACCAUUAGCUCCAAUGCCAAUGCCUAAUACUGGAAUGCCAACUCAUCAACCAAAUGUUCAAAAUCAUCAUCCAGCUCAUCAUAUAAUGCAUCCUGGAAUGGUAGUACCACCACCACCACCUCCAUCAACACCAUUAACAGCAAUGGGACAUCAUCCAACACCACCACCAGUACCUGCACCGCCUCCAAGUGGAUUUCCAGCUGCAAACAUUCCUGCACCUCCUCUUCCACCUAUGGCUGCAACACACCCACCUUUACCGCCUGGUAUGCCACCACCAUUACCGCCAAUGCCUGUUGUACCAACAACUCAAGGUCAAGGUCAUCGUAUGAUUGCACCGCCACCACCGCCACCUCCACCUUCUCACUGGCCCGGAAAUCCACAGUUUUCUCAAACUUCUAUGCCAUCAAAUAUGCCUACUAAUCAAUUUGGACAAUUUCAACCGCCACCUCCUAGACCUCCACCACCAACAUGGAGGCAUCCUCCACCACCUCCUGUAACGCAACCAAAUGCCCCGUUACCUCCUACACAAGCUUCUACUCAAUUUCGACCGCCGUUUCCUCCACGUGGACCUCCACCACCACCACCACCACACGAUGGUUCUCAAUAUUAAGGUGACUGAAUGAAUAUUUUCAUCUAAAAUUUCAUUUUUUUUAAAACAAAGUGUACCUAACUUGAAAUAUUUGUAAUUUGAACAAAAUUGAUGACAAAGAAUACAUAAUAAAAAAUUUAA